AUUAAUUAUAUAACGAAAAUAUCUUUAUUUUCACUCUACAUAUGUCGUGAACGGCUAUAUUAUGACGCAAAGUCACAAUGUGGAAAUUUUCACUUAAGAAACGUCGACGUCGUAGUCGACCACAUGAAAAUGUACUUUUCUAGCUUUACACGCAAGAUGGCGUUAGUUGAAAUUACGGUCGAUAAACGUGCAUAUGCAAUAUCGAUUACGUUUACGUAAUAAAUGAUGUUACUUAUAAAUUCUAUUUUGGUGGCGCCACAUAAAAUCAAGAGACACAAUAGUAAUCUGUUAGUAUCUUGCGCCAUUUCAAUAAUCGUCUAACAAAGAACCGUAAAGUAUCGAUCAAGAUCAGUGGUAAUUGGUAAUGAGAAAAAUGAAAGGAAUAGACAAGACGGAUAAUAAAAAUAAGAAAAUACAGGAAAUGGACAAGAAAGGACAGAAUAACACUUUAAACGAAGAAGAAUUAAAUAUAAGUAUUAAUACAGAAAAUUAUUUUCUACGAGUAGAAUUGGAAAAUAUUAAAAAGCAAUUAGAAGUUGCUGUUGCGAACAAUGAGAUGCUACUACAGCGGCAGCAGCAGCUCCAGCAGCCUCAACCUCCGUCAAUUCCUCCACCUGCACAGCCACAGAUUCCAGCUCCACAGCAGCCAGCUACGUUGCAAAUGAUUCCACCGCAGCUGGCUUCGUCACAAGAGAAAAGUGAUGAACAAAUUCUAACAAAGCAAAAGCCUGUACGCUGGCAACGAGCAGGGAGGGGAAAUAAUAGACGGAGGGGAAAUAAUAGAACUUAUAGAAGACAUCCCCAUGGUCGGAAGGGCAGUAAUAUUAUUAUUCAUAUGUGAACUGCGGAUUUCAAAAACUGCCUGUUCAAGAAACUGAAGACUGAAAACUGAAGAACUAUUUAGCUUUUUAUUCAAAGAGACUACUUGUUACAAUUUUUUUUUUAAAUGAUACAUAUAUGAGAUUUUAUGAGAUUUAUGUGUAAUCUUAAAGACGUAUAAUAUGAUGAUGCAAGGUUAAGUUAAUAAUUUUAAGUAGCAUAUAUAAGCACAUUUAUUUUUGUAUCUAAUGAUUCUUACUUUUAAACACGAAAUUUAAUUUUUUUCCAUAUGUAUCACAUUUUUUUUUUUUGAAUCUAUGAGAUUCAUGUGAUAUUUAACGUUAGUAUGAUAUAAUUUUAAGUAUAAUGUAUGAAAUAUAUGAUGUCAAGAUAAUUAAUAAAUAAAUAUUGUA